AUGUGUGUCAAAGGGAAGCAAGACCAGCCGCAGUUUGCGCGUCUGCCGUCGAACGUCAAGCCCAUCAAGUAUACGGUGGACUACGACGUGAUUGACCUUGACCGGUUCCGCUUCGAAGGCACGGAGCGCGUGGAAGUGGACAUCGUGGAAGCCACGUCGACCAUCACGUGUCACGCCGUGGAGCUGUGGGUGCACUCGGUCACGUUGUCAGUCCACGGUCAAGACGCGGCGCCGGUCGAGGCCGAUGAAAUCCGGUACAUCUCCAAGGACGAGUCGGUCACGUUUGUGUUUCCGUCGACGAUCCCCGCGGGGUCCAAGGCGACGCUGUCGCUUUCGUUCCACGGCAUCCUCAACGACAAGCUCAAGGGGUUCUACCGCAGCCAGUACACGCAGGACGGCGAGAGCCGCACGAUGGCCGUGACGCAGUUCGAAGCGUGCGACGCGCGCCGCGCCCUCGUGUGCUGGGACGAACCUGCGAUCAAGGCGUCGUUCCAGCUGUCGAUGGUGACCCCCGUAAACCGCGAAGCCAUCUCCAACACGCCCGUGCUGUCUACCCUCGUCCGCCCGUCCAAGACCAACCCCAAGCAGCUCGAGAAGCGGUGGCAGUUCGACGAGACCCCCGUCAUGAGCACGUACUUGCUGGCGAUGGUCGUGGGCGAGUUCGACUUUGUGUCGGGCUUCACCAACGAAGGCGUGGUUGUCCGUGUGUACACGCCCGUGGGCCGGUCCGAGCGCGGCCAGUUUGCGCUCAAAGUGGCCACGCAAUGCCUGAGCUUCUUCACCCACAAGUUUGGCAUCCCGUACCCGUUGGCCAAGCUCGACAUGCUCGCGAUUCCAGACUUUAACGCAGGGGCUAUGGAGAACUGGGGUAUAGUUACGUACCGCGAGAGUAUUCUGCUGGCGGACGAAGCGACCAGCAGCUUUGCGCACAAGCUUGGCACGGCGCACACUGUGUGCCACGAACUGGCGCAUCAGUGGUUUGGCAACUUGGUGACGAUGGAGUGGUGGACCGAGCUGUGGCUAAACGAAGGGUUUGCGCGCUUUAUGGAGCACGAAGCGAUGCAUGACAUCUUCCCGCAGUGGAAUGUAUGGGCCAACUUUGUACAAGACCCGCUGGCCCUCACGAAGGACGCGAUGGCGUCGUCGCAUCCGAUUGAAGUGGUGGUGCACCAUCCGGAUGAAAUCGACCAAGUGUUUGAUGUGAUUGCAUACCGCAAGGGCGCCGCCGUGAUUCGCAUGUUGGCGAAUUUCGUCGGCAAUGACAAGUUUUACAUUGGCAUGCACAAUUACUUGGUGAAAUUUGCCUAUGGCAACGCCAAGACAAUCGACUUGUGGCACGCGUUGGAAGCAGCGUCAGGCCUCGAGCUCACAUCUAUGGCGCACACAUGGACAACUCAAACGGGGUUUCCCGUUGUGAAUGUGACCAAAGCAGCCAAUGGAAGCUACCAACUGACUCAAUCGCGGUUCUUCGCCGACGGCACCCGCGACUCUGGACCGAACAAAACCGUGUGGGAUGUGCCUCUGACGUACGUCACGUCGACUUCGCGGGGGGCGCAGUCGGCAGGUAUUUGGCCAGGUCAUUGCGCUGAGUGGGAGCUCGCGAUUCCAUCCUCUUCCGACUCGUGGGUCAAGGUCAACGCAUUGCAGCAAGGGUUUUACUUGGUGAAUUACUCGUCCGAGCUCUGGAAGGCACUGAAAGGUCCCGUGUCCACCCAAGAGCUGGACGUGGUGGAUCGUGUGGCCCUGCUGCAGGCACUGUUCUUCCUAUCUCGAGCCGGCCAUGUGAGCAUCGUCGACGCCCUCGAGUUUGCCCAAGCGUAUGCCCUGGACACUGAGUACUUGGUGUGGAAGGAGUUGUCGGACAACUUGGUUCAGAUUGUCGCCCUCUUUGACGACCAAGUGUGGUUCCCGUCGUUUCAAGCGUACAUUCGUCGUCUGUACGCGCCGAUCAUGGCCCGCCUCACGUGGACCCACCUUGCAACCGACUCGGACUUGACCAAGCAGUUGCGCCGCCAAGUGAUUGGGAUGCUGGGCCGGGCCAACGACGACGCCGUCAUCGCCGAAGCCACGCGGCGAUUCCAGCAAUCGAUGCAUCAAAACACUGUGCUGCCUUCGGACUUCCGCGCCGACGUCUUCCGCCUCCACAUCACAACCACGUCCGAGCCAGAGCUAGCGUUUGCGCAUUUAACGCAGCUGUACCAUGCAAGUUCGACCGAGCCCGACGUCAAGCUCGAAAUCGUGUACGCGAUGGGUCUAUUUCCGCAGCCACUUGUCAAGCAGCGCGUGCUCGAGUGGGGGCUCCAGAACGUGCGCCCCCAGGAUAUCUCGAUGCCGUUCGCGGGGGUUGCCGCCACCGCCGCCGGCGCGUCCGUCGCGUGGGCAUAUGUCCAGGCCAACUGGGACUCACUCAACGCCCAGUACCCGAAUCCCCGCGUUGUGGGUCGGAUUCUGAACGCGUCGAUCCGGGCGCUCAAGACGGACACCGACGCCACAGACGUCGAGACGUUCCUGCUGCCACGUCAGCACGCCGCGUACAGUCGGUCGGUGGAGGAAACCCUAGAGAGCAUCCGCAUCAAGCACGCCGUGGCCACUCGCGACGCCCCGCGCCUGCGACAAUGGCUCGAGUAGACGGCGACAGACUUGUAUGUGUGACACUGCUGGGGGCGUGCUUUGAAAGAAAAGAGAGAGUAUAUUGAAUAGUCCAUGGAAUAUGAUGUACUGUAACGACUGUUUGUGGUGGGAUA